AUGUUAAGAUUCGACAAUAACACCACCAUCUAUAGCAACAUCAAUAAUGCAACUGUCAAAGUAGCAUUUCCUUGGCUCCGAAAGAAGACGAGUAGCUGGUCUCUACGCUCUUCGACCAAGAGCAUUAGAUUAAACUCAUUCUCAUCCACCGUCUCAUUACCUCUCUCCGUUGCAUCUACCGCUUGCUCUAGCAAUUCAUCCAUAGAGGGAGAAGACGAGGAAGAAGAAACACAACAUGUUUCCACAACACUCAUUAUACCCGAAGAAGACGAAGAAGAGGAAAGCCAGGAACAAGAGGAACACAAAGAUUCACCACCUGAUUAUGAUGACCCUUCUCAUCCCUGGAUAUUCAAAUUUCCAAAAUCAUUAUCAAGCAGAGUAAUUAUACCAAGAGAAGAAGAAGGCAAUGAGAAAUUACCAGAUUAUGAAUGCUCGAUUGAUAAGAUGUCAUACAUGCAUGUAAAGUGUGAAUUCAGCAAGCCCAAUGUGAGAUCAAAGAAUCGGUCCUGGAAGGACUACUAUGUGGUUAUUUAUGGCACCAAGAUCACUGCCUAUCAUCGCAAUCCCAAAAACAAAAAGUCAACCACACCAGCUUGGAGUCAUUCUAUGCACGGCGCGCAAGUAACUGUGGCAUCAGAUUAUGUCAAAUUCCGCCAUGUCAUUCGACUCAAUAUACAGGAUGGACCGCAAUACCUCAUGACAACACCGAAUGAGGCUGCUAGGAAUGAAUGGAUAGGUGCCAUAGAGUCCUCUAUACACAUCAGCUCGGAUUUGGAUGUCAGAGCUAUGCCACAGUUUGUCACUUUGAGUCGGAGGAGAAGACUUAGACAGAGAAGAGCUCAACAACAACCAACGGCUCAAGAUGAAACGCUUGUAUGA